AUGCCUGAAAGUCAAGGGAAAGACAGCGAAAGCCACAUCAGCAGCAAUAGUUCCAGCACUAGCAGUUCGGUUGCUUGCUUCGGACAGUACCAAUAUACAGCAAGUGAAUAUCAAGCUAUCCAGCAUGCUCUUCGUCAGAGACUGGGUCCAGAAUAUAUCAGCAGUCGGCAAGCUGGAGGAGGACAAAAGGUCUGUUACAUUGAGGGUCACAAGGUAAUUAGUCUGGCCAAUGAGAUGUUUGGCUUCAACGGCUGGGCUCAUUCAGUCACUCAGCAGAAUGUUGACUUUGUUGACCUCAACAACGGCAGGUUCUAUGUGGGGGUCUGUGCAUUUGUAAAAGUUCAGCUUAAGGAUGGGUCAUACCAUGAAGAUGUGGGGUACGGAGUCAGUGAAGGCCUAAAGUCUAAGGCCUUGUCCCUAGAAAAGGCAAGAAAGGAGGCAGUAACAGAUGGACUGAAGAGGGCACUCAAGUGCUUUGGGAAUGCUCUUGGGAACUGCAUCCUAGACAAAGACUACCUACGAGCUGUGAAUAAGCUUCCACGUCAGAUACCCCCUGAGUUAGAUCUGGUCAAAGCUAAAAGAGAGGACUAUGAGCCUGAAAUAGAGAAAGCAAGAUACAAUAGCUGUUUGGAAAGGCAGAACGCAGGAGGGAGACAACAUUGUGAGAUGGUGUCUAAUUGUAACCCUGGUCAGACAGAGGCUGCGAUAGUGACAGUAGAUCAGAAACAGCCAAAUAGUUCCAGAAAUACAGACUCCUUAGCUAUCGAGUGCGAUGCCACUUACCAGCGGAAACUGCGACAAAAGCAGCUACAGCAACAGUUCCGGGAACAGAUGGAGAAAAAGCAUCAGAUUCCAGUAGUUACUCCAAGCAGCAAACAGGCAACAUCCAGUCCUCCUGUAAAGCACAGCACUCCAGCAGCAGUACAACAGGAACUAGCAAUAGAAGAGGAAUUCUUCGCAGAUGAUCCUGAACUUUGGGACAUUUCCUUGGAGACCAUUGAUCUUAAGAUAACGGGUCACAAAAUGGCAGACCCACCAGCUGGACGACAGACACCCGAAACACCCUGUGGACAUCAUCAAAUGACUACUCGUAACAGGACACCUCACAGAAUGAAUUGCCACAAAGCUUCUGCUAGACUUGCACAAUUGCAGCCAUCUGCUGCAAUCAUGGGCCGCAGCAGCUGUGGCAACCAGCAUACCCCAGAGCGCAGCCCUUACAGGAGAAGUCAAAGCUUGAAGAAAAGGAGGCUUGAACCUACGUAA